ACAAUCACACUGACAGAACUGCCUCUCACUUUUUCCACCAACAAAAUCGAAUCUAUUCAUCCACAAAUAAAAAGCUUGCUUUAUUCUACAACGACCGCAUCAGCAUCAGCACUCUCUAAUCUUGCAUAUACAUAGAUACACGCAGUCCUAUGCAGAUGAUAACUUUGGUUUGCGUUGCGUGAUUUCGUUCUUCAGUGGUGCUGCCAAUUGGUGAGGUCCAACUCAUGGCAAUGAGACUUUAAAAGUAUACGAAGGAAGAGAGAGUUAGCGAGUUGGUGUCAUUAUUUUAUUACUUUACUCAUUUUUUGCAUGGCUAUGUAAUAGCACUGAUCGUAAUCUUAAACUGGUCGAAGUGGAGUACGCACAACUCCUCCCACACUUGGAAUGAACAGGAAACAGUGCAAAAAUAUUGUUUAGUUGCCUGUGAUAUAUUUUUAUUUGUGGGUGGGGUGGUGGUGAUAAGUACAAAGUGUAAUUAAUAUUAAGGGCCCUACAGAUCUACUUAUUUGUGUAGGAGGAGUGCCUUUUUUCUCUACACUUUAUUUUUUAAACCAGGUUUUCAACAAUUAAUAAUAUCUCGCAUAUCUUAUUCUCCGUCAACUUUAAUCAUGUUCAUGGACAAGAAUCCGUGCUGCUGCAUCCCUCUGAGGAAGGGGGUCUUGUUGAUUGCAAUUAUUGAUAUUGUUAUCGGAGCGUUGGGAGCGGGUUUAGGGAUAUUUGCAAUCUUCGCCAUAGCAUUUGCUGCUCCACCCACGGCACGUCCAACAACGGAAAUAACAGCACCAACCAAGUCUAAUUCAUCGACCAGUGGCGAGGAGAAGCCGUCCAUGACGUAUAUUGGAUUACUUCUUGCACUCUUUAUUGUCUACUGCAUCUUCCAAAUUGCGUUUGGAGGGUUGCUCAUCUGGGGACUUACGAAGGAAAGGGUGUUCCUUCUCAAGGCCUGGUUAGGCUUUCGAGCAUCCGGUGCACUUUUCACGCUUGGAACAUUGGUCGCAUUUGUCGUUCUUGGAUCUGAAGCUACCAUCCAGCCCGGACUAGUGGAUGGAGUGAGCCUCAUCUUUUCGGUGUACUGUCUCCUCGCCGUGUACAUUUUUGCGACACAACUCCAACCCCCAUCAAUCAAAAAUUUGAAACCGUUCAACGGUCACCCUCCGCAAGUUUGAUAAUAGGGAGAUACAUAAUAAUAGCUCAAAUAACAAGAGAAUCAUGAAGCAUUAUCUCGUUACGUAUGAAUUGCGGAGUAAAAUAAUAUUUACUUGGUGGUUUCUAAAUACUUUCUUAAUCGUGAUAUACACGUGAAGCCAAAGUAAAGUCAGUCUCUUAAUCCUUCUAGCGUCUUAUGUUUACCAAGUCCACACCAGUAUUAUUGUGACACCUCGCUACCAACCGACCUCAACACUAUCACAAAAAGUACCAAGAAAGACUUAGCUAAAGUUGAAGUUUAAAUAGUUCGUUGAAAUGAAUCCCUUCUCUUUUUUUGCAAAAUAUGCUAUUUGUACGAGUUGUCCUUCUAGUAUUCUCUAUUCUGCAAAUUCUGUAGAUGUAUUUUCGUUGGCUACCUACAUAUUUUUCAGAAAUACGAUCUAUCGUUACAGUUGUGAAGCACACAGCCAGAUGCCAACGCAUUUCUAGCCGGCAAGAUCACACUUAACUUUCGAUGACGUCCAGAAAUUUUAUACACAAAAGAAACUUGUGAAAAUUCAUUUUUUGUUACAUGCUAAAACAAAUAUUUUCGGAAUGAGAAGUCGAUGAUUUUUCAGCGAUCACAUAUUUACAUGGUGGUCGCGAAAAAAUUCGUGGGAUGCUUUAUGUGGCGUAGGGUUAUUUUCUUAGUUAUAAUUUACGAUAUUGAUGUUAUUGGGUAUUAAAAUUAGGCAAGGAUAAAUAAUAAAUAAGUUGUUUUUAUUCGAAA